AUGCCCUCUGCAGUGAAACCCCCGCAGACCCUGUACGACAAGGUCUUCGAGGACCACAUUGUUGAGGAGAAGGAAGACGGCACAGUUCUGCUCUACAUUGACAGACAUCUUGUCCACGAGGUGACAUCACCACAAGCUUUUGAGGGCCUCCGCAACGCCGACCGCAAAGUGCGAAGACCUGACUGCACUCUCGCCACUGUCGACCAUAACAUCCCCACCGCCUCGCGGAAAAACCUCACAACCACGGAGAAGUUCAUCGACGAGGCCGACUCGCGAAUACAAUGCAUGACCCUCGAGGACAACGUCAAGGCCUUCGAUCUUACCUACUUUGGCCUCGACGACAAGAGACAGGGUAUCGUGCACAUCAUCGGCCCCGAGCAGGGCUUCACCCUCCCCGGCACAACUGUUGUCUGUGGUGACAGCCACACCUCCACACAUGGCGCAUUUGGCGCCCUCGCGUUUGGUAUUGGUACCAGUGAAGUCGAGCACGUUCUGGCCACACAGACGCUCAUCACAAGGAGAAGCAAGAACAUGAAGGUCCAGGUCGAUGGAGAGCUGGCUCCCGGCGUCAGCAGCAAGGAUAUCAUUUUGCACGUCAUUGGCAUGAUCGGCACAGCUGGAGGAACUGGAGCCGUCAUUGAGUUCUGCGGUUCGGCCAUUCGCAGCCUUAGCAUGGAGGCUCGCAUGUCCAUCUGCAACAUGUCCAUCGAGGGCGGUGCAAGAGCAGGAAUGGUCGCUCCCGACCAGAUCACCAUCGAUUACCUGAAGGGACGUCCGCUGGCACCCAAGGUCGAUAGCCCCGAGUGGAAGAAGGCCUGCAACUACUGGCUGAGCCUGAAAUCUGAUGAUGAUGCCAAGUUCGACCACGAGAUCUACAUCGACUCGAAAGACAUUGCGCCCACCGUCUCUUGGGGAACCUCGCCCCAGGACGUUGUACCCAUCACUGGCAAGGUCCCCGGCCCCGACGACUUCGACGAUGAGGUCAAGAAGGAGGCUUGUAAGCGCGCUCUGAAAUACAUGGGCUUGACUGCAGGCACACCCAUGCAGGAAGUGAAGCUCGACAAGGUCUUCAUUGGCUCUUGCACGAAUGCCCGUAUCGAGGACUUGAGGGCAGCUGCAAGCGUCGUCGAGGGCAAAAAGGUCGCGUCGAAUAUCAAGCACGCCAUGAUCGUGCCAGGGUCCGGUCUUGUCAAGCGCAAGGCUGAGCAAGAGGGUCUCGACAAGAUCUUCACCGAUGCUGGUUUUGACUGGAGAGAAGCUGGUUGCUCCAUGUGCUUGGGCAUGAACCCCGACAUUCUGUCUCCUGGCGAGCGCUGCGCUUCGACAUCGAACCGAAAUUUCGAAGGUCGCCAGGGAGCUGGUGGCCGCACACACUUGAUGUCCCCUGUCAUGGCCGCCGCCGCUGCCAUCGUUGGCAACCUCGCAGACGUCCGCAAGCUCACCCCCUCCACCUCCUCCGCUGCCAAGGGCUCUCCCAAGGUCGAAGUUGCACACAUCCACGAAGCUGAGAGCGAUGAGGACCUCGAAAAGAUUAUGGAUCUUCCCGAGGCCGACCAAGCAUCCCACACAGCCUCGACUUCUACCAAGGGUGCUAGCGCCGGGAUGCCCAAGUUCGAAACUCUCCGUGGCUACGCAGCCCCCAUGGACAUUGCCAACAUCGAUACCGACGCCAUCAUCCCCAAGCAAUUCCUCAAGACCAUUAAGCGCUCCGGUCUCGGCAGCGCGCUCUUCCACGCCUGGCGCUACGAGGCCGGUAGCGACAAGGAGGACUCCAGCUUCGUGCUGAACCAGGAACCCUUCCGCAACGCCAAGAUUCUCGUCUGCACGGGGCCCAACUUUGGAUGCGGAUCCAGUCGUGAACAUGCGCCGUGGGCGCUACUCGAUUUCGGUAUCAAGUGCAUUAUUGCGCCAUCGUUCGGUGACAUCUUCUUCAACAACACGUUCAAGAACGGUAUGCUGCCGCUUCGCAUCACCGACCAAGCGGCUCUUAACGCCAUUGCUGCUGAGGCCAAGGCUGGAAAGGAGAUUGAAGUCGACCUCGUCAACCAAGUCGUCCGCGCAGCAGACGGUAAAGAGCUGAGCAAGUUUGAUGUCGAGGAGUUCAGGAAGCACUGCCUCAUCAACGGACUCGACGACAUUGGCCUUACCAUGGCCAGCGAAGAGGCUAUCCAGAAGCACGAGAAGAAGCGCACAGCAGUCUGGCCCUGGCUCGACGGCAGCGGCUACCUUGCCCGGCAUGGCAAGGGCCCUGUCAAGGUCCAGGCCGCAAAGGUGCCCAAGACAAAUCGUGGCGAGGAGCUUAAUGAGCCUCUCGACUGGUAG